CGGGGUUUUUACUUUAAAAUUUGUUCUUUGAAACUCGCAAAGGCCAUUACGUGGCGCCGUCUCUCUGGUUCCAUCAUCAAUCGUAUGAAUAUUUGCCAUAGGAGAUUUGUUCCCCCCCUUCCCCUUCUCUCUCUCUGCCCAUGCAAGUCCAUAGAGGGGCUGCAAUUAGAACUUGCUGCCACAUCUGCUCCAUAGGUACACAAUAUCGGCUUAUAUAAAGCCCAAUUCGGCGGUGGCCUUUAUUGCUCUCUACCCCAUCCCAUUUUCCUAGCUCUCUCUCUCUCUCUCUCUCUCUCUCUCUCUCGCUCUCAUGGGCACACAGUCACAGGCCAGCCUCCUCCUUCAGAAACAACUCAGAGAUCUUUGCAAAAAUCCGGUUGAUGGGUUCUCUGCCGGUUUGGUUGACGAGAGCAAUAUAUAUGAAUGGAGCGUCACAGUUAUUGGACCUCCCGACACUCUUUAUGAGGGGGGAUAUUUCAUUGCCAUCAUGAGCUUUCCGCCAAAUUACCCAAACAGCCCACCAGCAGUGAAGUUUACAUCAGAGUUGUGGCAUCCGAAUGUGUAUCCUGAUGGGAAGGUUUGCAUAUCGAUACUUCAUCCUCCUGGAGAUGAUCCAAACGGCUAUGAGCUUGCAAGUUGAAAGUAUAGUCUUGAGCAUCAUAUCGAUGCUUUCUAGUCCAAAUGAUGAGUCUCCAGCGAACAUAGAAGCUGCAAAGGAAUGGAGAGAGAGGAUGGAUGUAUUCAAGAAAAAGGAACACUCCGUCUCAGGCCUAUACCCCCUCAACUUCCUCCUCUCAUUGCCAUUCGGCACAAAGAUCGAAACCCUAGCACCAAAUCGCUGCCUCACGAUCACUUCCACUACUGCUACCUCCUCCACCGCCAAUAAAGUCUUCAUCAACGGCGCAGAAAUUUCUCAUCCAGACCUCUUCAACAACGGCCACAUCCUCAUCCAUGGCCUCCAAGGCCUCGUCUCUCACCUCUCUCCACUUUCUUGCAACGUUGAGCGAAUGACUUCGCUCUCAUUCCCACAACAACCCACCACUCCAGCCUUCUCUAUCAUGCGCAUCAUGCUAAAAGACGCCAUGCUUAGACUACGCAUCAGUGGAUACACUGUAGUCUCUCUCGCACUAAGAGACAAGUACAACGAGCUCGUAAACCUCCGGGUUAUGACGGUCUUCGCUCUCGACGAUGCGUCGAUUUUCACCGGAGGACACUCGUACGUGUCGAAUUUCCAGUUCCACAUUGUGCCGAACAAAUUGUUGAGGGCUUCUGAUUUGGUGGAUUUGCCUGCGGAGACGGUUUUACCGACGGCGGAAAGCGGAGAGAACUUGGUGGUUACCACCGCCGGUGGUGGAGGUCCAUUGGCUCCAAUGAGGAUCAACUACGUGAAGAUCAAGAAUCUUGAUCUCGUGUAUAACAAUAGGAUUGUGGUUCAUGGACUCUCGACCCCAUUCCCGCAUGUUCAUCAUCAGACAGGUAAGGAUGAUUUUGGAGAGAUCGGACGGACAGCAUCUGAAUUUGCGCGGCAUGCUUCGGUAGGGGUCUGUACCUGUGGGAUUGCGUCCCCAGCUCCGAGGAUUGGAUCAACGGUGCUGAUGGAAAAUCAACAUGCUCUGUGA